GUCGUCCUUUAAGGGAUUGACAUAUACAGGGCACAUCAGUACUCCCAAAAGCAACGAGUUUUCUCGAUAGUUGGCUAGAACGAGCAUUUGUUCCUCCCCUCGGAACUACGUCACCGCGCGUGCAUCGUGAAAGGUGAGAGGAGACGUAAUCACUUCCUUUCUUUUCGGGGCGGCCAUUGAGCUGGAUUGAGUGAGUACAUAGGGCUGCGGUCUCAAUCACUUGCAAUCUGCAUCGGUGGUGUUUUAGAAUUCUUGUUUCGUUCGGAAUUAUUAUAGAGCGAGUGCUGAGCUAUCAUUUUAGGCAAAUAUUUUUGUUUAGAAUGUUAAUUGUUACUGUAAAAAAUAUCUCUCUAAUGAGGCCGCUUUCGUUCCUAUUGUAUAUCGGCGUGUCCGGAUAGUCCGGCUUAAUCAGUGCUAGUAAUGCAAUGUGUAAUCUCUACAUAGUUUUCGAGUUUUAUCUCAAGUAUGAGACUCUUUCCUUUUAUUACAAAUGCAAUGUCUAGCAUAAUUUAAUGCGAUUUCCUUAAGUCGCCUCGUUCACUUUAGAGGUGGUUAUGACACGGGUGUAAUAUUAUGUAAUAAUGCGUUGAUAGUUUAUGCUUUUCUGUCUUGGUGCAUUAUCAACGUGUAAGAAGUCUGAAUGUAAAUAAAUACUAAUGGUUCAAUAUUAACUCUCCUCAGCAUAUCUUAUGCUAAAUAAAAUUGGUAAAGCUAAAUAUACCAUGUGACUUUAUUUAUUUUAGUGAGUUUUUAUAACCCUGUUCUAUGUGUUUUUCAUGGCUCUAGGAACAUUUUAGGACUUAUGAAUGAAUUGACAAAAUACCGGUUAUAGCCAGAUUUGACAAUGUUUUAGAUUCAAGGUAGUUGAAUUGCCUAGUUAUGUUUUUAUUCCUUUGAGUGUGCCUUAAACUGAUAUUUAUUUGCAGCAAUGGGCAAGUUUAUGAAACCCGGUAAGGUUGUCCUUGUCUUGGCUGGACGCUAUGCAGGACGUAAAGCUGUCAUCGUCAAGGUUUGUUGGUGUUUUUUUUUAUUCUUUUUACUUGCAUGUUUUUGUUGUGUUGAGAACACUUAAACGGGCAUAGACGGUAAAAACCAUGACCACGUUAAUUACUUGAUUUGGUAAUGGGGCACGUAGUAACUAUUUAAAGGGAAGAGGAGUUUGAGAAUUCUGCUGGAGGCAACUUUAGGGUUAAACCGUUAGAAAAGUUGAGGUAAGAGUACCUCCGGGGGCCUCCUGACACCUUAACUUUACGUAAAGUAGUUUUGGUGCCUAGAGAGUGCCUUUUAAUAAUUAUAUUCACAGUUAAUUAACAUUGGGUUGAAAAUUGAAGAAUUUCAUGUAGGCCGUGUCAGUCGCAGCCAGGGGAACUACAUAGGUCUUUGCUAGCACCCCAUUCUAACCAUUACAGACUUCCUAAUGUAGCGCAAAGAAGCAGCUCUAGGCAAUUGCCUGCUUCUUUAGUUUAUAUCAAGAGAUAAACUGCUAGGAAGUAAAAUGAUAGGUUUUCUGACAGCCAGGUGGUGUACCAAGGUUUUAACUUAUAAACGUGCCAAUUUGUAUCACAAUCUGAACUUUUUGGACAAAAAACACUCUUCACACACAGCGCGUCAGCAUAGUAUUUUUUGGAAGAGGUUCUCAGUGGAACACAGGUCAUGUUUUGAAGUUGUAUUGGUGCAAGGGCUCUAUGUAUGCAGUGAUGCUUAAUGUUGAUACCUGAGUAGUAACUCCACCUCGGUUUGCUUUCAUUAAUUAGUGUUAAUGUGCUAAUGUGAAUUUUGUACAUGUUCUAUGCUCAAACGUCUAGUUGAUCCUUUCCACAAAUGAAAGGCUGUAUGGUCUUCUGCAGUUCCUGCAGAAUUUAUGCUGCUUUUGGUUUAAAAUUAAAAGCUAUCUUCCCUCGCCGACGUCGGCUCCUGAGUGGAGCAGAAUGUGCAUGCGCAGCAAGAGCCGCGCGCAUUCCAGCAAUCCGUAGGAAAGCAUUUCUCAAUGUUUUCCUAUGGACAUUGUGCACACUGGGUGCGAAUUUUGCAUCCUGCGUCGCAGAAAUGCCUUUAGCGGCUGUCAGGAAGACGCACUAGAGGUUGGAUUAACCCUGCUAUGUAAACAAAGCAGUUUGUCUGAAACUAUGUUUACAUGUGAAGUGUUAAAAACCUGAGGGACCUGGCACCCAGACAACUUCAUUGAGCUGAAGUGGUGUUCUGGGUGACUAUAUAGUGUCCCUUUAACAAUACUGAUUAAUUUGAGCAAGAAGUAUGUGUUUAGUUUAAGAGUGUUAAUUUCAAUGAUAAUCAGCACUUUUACAAAGUAACAUAUCCCUGUCUGCAGGCAGCUUGUCCUGUUUCUUCCUGCUAGUUUAGUUCUCAUGGGACCGGUAAUUACCCAGAGCACUGAACUUGCAAAGACUAGAAAUCCAUAGAGGUCAAAAGUAUUUUUUAAAAAAAACAAAAUUUUAAGAAACACUCAUUCCUACCUUGGAUCUGCCAGGUUAAAGUCACCGUCUGACAGCUGUGAGCUAAGCCCAGCAGUGCAGGUCUUCUCAUGGGCUGAGCGAGAUUCAUUCACAUACCUCAGUGCAAGAUUUAGCCCAGGAGAACAAAAGAAAGUUAAGAUAAGUCAAGCUGUCAACAAACGUUUUAUCAAUUUACAUAGUGGUAGGGCACUCCUGGCACCAGGAGCUAUGGUGCUUUGAGUGUUCCUUUUCCCACAGAUGGCAUGCAGAGUCCUGUCUGUCAGCUUGUGAGGUUGCCACAUUGUGAUAAGCUUGCUUGGGUGCUUCAAUGGACCACAGAUUACUUGUUUUUCAAUUUACUGCUGGACGUUAUGGAGUGUAGCAACAGCCAAUCGGUGAUAUAUCGAAGUUCCCUCUUGCUGAGAGAAUGGGGGUGCAGAGAAUAAAGGCAUGAAAGGGAGUUAUGAAGAGAAAUGAAAAGGCAUGGGGCAGGGGAAGAAGGGACAUGGGGAAAAUCCUAAUUAAUGUCCCAGUGAUGCUGUCUGUGUUGGCUGACGAAAAAUAAAGCUGUAUAAUUGAUCAUAUAGCCUCCACGUGCGCUCUUCCACGUUUUGGAUGUAUACCAUGGGAGCAGUUUGCUGGACGUGCCUAUGACUCACUGUAACCUCUUUUAUUGUCUUGUGUUAAGGGAUUUUUCUAAAAUAGUUUAUUUGUAUUGUUGGCACUUCAAGAUAAAUCUUUGUUUUCGUGUUAGUUUGGGCACUCAAGCUCACAGGUUCACUAUCAGUGCUUUAAACGUUUAUGAAAGUGGGGAAUUUCAGAUUGUAUAGUCAUAGAAAGACUGCUAGGUAAGAGGGGAAGGCCUUGCAGUAGCUACUAGGGAUCGCCCGUUUAUUGGUCUGGGUGAUAUUCUGUAUUUUCAGCAAUAUCAGUAUCUGCCAAUAAAGAUACCAGACCAGGGCCACCAUCAGGGUCAUGAGGGACCCAACAUACUCUUUCCUCCCCAACAGUUCACUUCAGCUUCCCAGCUCAAAUCUUGCGAGUCCCGCAUCCGUCAGAGCAUUGCCACGGGUUACCAUGGCAAGGCGGCGUGCAGGCUGCGAGUGUUGGACAGAGGAGCUGCUGGGAAGGUAAGUAUGCUGGGCCUCCUCUGCACAAUCAAUGCCAUAUCCCUCCUCCCUGGCAAGGUAAGAAGCAGAGAGGGGGGACUAAAACAAAACUUUAAAAAAUUAAAUAUUUAUAAUAAAAAUGCCCCCCCCCCCUUUUUUUACACACUUAACAUACCUACACAAACUCACACACACUGCAUCCACUACACACACAAAUAUUCUUGAAAACAUAAAUUAUGACUGGCAUGUGUAUUUUGUGCAUUUACCAUAAUAAAAAAAAUGGCAAAAAAUAAACAUGUUCAGUUACCACUAGAUUUGUGUAGAAAGUUUUUGUUUUGGUUUUUUUAAAUGGUAAGUGUACACAAAAAAAAUCACUAUUGGUCGAUCCAUAGUAGCUACACAAGAUCUUACUCCAUCAUAAUGAUAAAGCAGCACUUUACAAUUCUAGAAAGGGGAAAAAAGUGAUGGAUAGGGAGGGAGGGGGAGGGGUAUUUAUGUUCUCUAAAGUCAAAAUUUCACAUUUCCCUCAUAGAAAACAUGCAAGACAAAUUGUAGGCAUAUAUUUUAUUUUUACACUAGUCUUCUAGUAGCAAUAGCUGUUUAACACCUUUUAAGGGGCAGGCCUGGGUUGCCUACUUUUCAAAAUUGUAUGGCAUGAGUCAUUUUCAUUCUUGGGCUUCCAUGAUGUCUGAAAAUCUGGCAAAUUUCAAUGUGCAGAAACCGAAAUGAGCAAGACCCUGUAACUUUCUAAAAUACCAUGAGAGCAGUACAUGGGGGUACUGUUGUACUCGUGAGACAUUACCAAACAAAUAUCGGUGUUUUAGAGCAGUAAAAUGUAUAUAAUACCUAUUGUACAGCGCUAUGGAAUUUGCUGGCACUAUAUAAAUAUGUAAUGAUUAUGGUGAAAGGUCAGUUUGUUUAUGAAAAAUGCAACAACAAAAAAGUGAAAGCUAACUUUGUCCAGCUUCUGUCUAAGUGGCUACUAAAAGACUGGACAUACCCCAUUUUCAAUGCUUAGAUAUAUAAAUAUUGUGAAAUUAAAACCUUGUUUCUCCUGAGCAAAAUGUGUGGGUGCACUUAAUAUGAAAGAUAAAUUACCUCUGUCCUUAGGGGGUAAAUAUCAAUUUUUAAAUAAAAUGUUAGUGCUAUACUCAUGGAAUAAAGAGUAUUGCAUAUUUUCUAAUAUACAGUUUUAAUUCUUUCAGAACAUUGAUGAUGGCACUUCAGAACGUCAGUACAGCCACGCCUUGGUUGCUGGCAUUGACCGCUAUCCUCGCAAAGUGACUGCCACCAUGGGAAAAAAGAGGAUAGCAAAAAGGUCAAAGAUAAAGUCUUUUGUGAAGGUAUACAACUACAACCAUCUCAUGCCAACCAGGUAAGUGAUUCUCAAUAUUUUUAUUUUAUUUUGAGAUCUAAUUAAAUGUUGGAUUGUAACUAAAUGUUAUUUAUAAGGGAAAUAUUUAAAAACCUUUGAUUAUGUUUAAGCACCAUGACCACUUUAAUCAGGAGGAAAAACACAGGAAAGGAUUGCCUCAAGGAAGGUCUGAUGUGCUUGCCAUGCAUUCGCACUAAGUCUCCCUAUUGGGUCUCCACCAUGAACCAUGACUCUUUGAGGACCAUGACUCUUUGCAGAGUGACAGCAGCCAUCUAUUUAGCCUUAAUUUAGUGUCCUAGAAUAUGGCAAUACCACGUUUGGGAGCUAUCUAUUAAUCGGCUCCCUGACUUGGUUCCCCUAAAUGAUUCCAUUUAAGGAACGCAAGUUGGGAGUCACCUUACUAAUGACUGAAAGAUCAACAUUAAAGGGAAACUCCAGGCAUCAAAACAAGUUAAGCGUAAAAUAAAACCAAUAAGCUCAAAAUACUUGUAGUCAGUGGUGUAUUUAGCCCAAAGCAAACUAGGCAUUUGCCUUGGGCAGCACUAACCUGCGGGCGGCAAAAAAAUGCUGCACCCAAACGCCCACUUGGGAAUCCCCGGUGUUCUCCCUGUCUUGGGGGGUGGGUCCAAGAGCUGGCCCCAAUAAGGUAAACAGCAGGCCAGCAUCAGACUGCCCGCGGGGGAGAAGAGCAGGGAGAUAACAGCCCCCUUGCCGUCUCUGAUUCUAACAGCCGCGCACCUUACAGCAGCCCCACUAGACCUCCAACGACAGGUAAGAAGGCUGGUUGAAAAAAAUUAAAGUAUUGUAUUAAUAGUGAGUGUAUGUGUCAAAUCAAUGAGUCUGUUUGACUAUCAGUGUUUGUCUGUCAUUCGAUGAGUCAGAUCAGUGAGUCUGUCUGCUAGUGACGUCUGUGUGUUUGUCAUUGAGCAUGUGUGACGGUCAGUGAAUGUGUGCUUAAAGGGAUUCUAUAGGCACCCAGACCACUUCAGUGUCUCACUCCCCUUUUAGCCCUGCAAGUUUAAUUAUUGCAGUUUCUUUGCGCAUAUGACCUUCCCAUAGGAAAGCAUUGAAUCAAUUCUUUCCUAUACGGAAAAAUCGGACGCUGGAUCUCAUCAUAUAUAAACAUAUGACACUAUACCUAAUGUCGUGAGGGACUGUUUGUGUGUGAUGUGGUUUGUAAGUUCAAGUGUCUGAAUGCUGAGUACUCCAAGGAGGCUUAAGCAGGCAUUAUGAGCCAAGCCCAGUAAGGAGUGUCAUUACUGAUUCUCAGAGAUUCAUUGGAGCAUGACCAUUGGACAGUCUGGCUGAAAUCCAGAAGGCAAACUGGGAACAUGUAUCACCUAUAUGGUUCCUUAAAGAAACAGGCCUCUAAAUUAUUUUUUGAAAAAUAAUUGAUAUUUCAGCUUGCUAUCUGCUAAAAAAAAAAAAAACCUCAUCCUCGCUGGUUAACUCAUAUAUACUUUCACAUUGGUUUGAAGGACUGCUAUAGACACCCAGACAACUUCAAGUUACAACUCCCACCUUCAGUCUUUGUUCCUGUUCUUUCCCUAUAGGACCAUCUUAGUAAUUUCAGGACUAAAAAUGUUUUAUUUUAUGGCUUACCUGAGGACAGUCUUUUCCUCUGGCCUGUUGGGAGUUCAGUUUCUCUCCCUUGGUGGAAGUCUCCAGUACACGGCCUUGCGCAAAGGUGACCCCCUGGAGAAAUGACUUUAGUGACCGGAGUUUCUAACUAGCUGUGACCUGAGGUAGCAAUAUUAUGCCAUCACCCGAUUUACUGCAGCGACACAAGGAGCAGGCUGGGCAUGCACAUACAGAGCAUAUGAAUUUAAUUGCUGUGAUCCAAGUUAUAGCAAGAUCUCUCCCUCCUUCCUACAGCAUACGUGUAAUAUUCCCUAACCUUUAUCUAUCUCGGGUCACGCUUUAAGCAACAGCUGACCUGCUGAAUAUCUGUAUCAUUUUUAAACUGCUUCUGUCUUACUUCCCAUUAAUAUGGUAUGUUAUUUUUUUCCCCUCUUCAGGUACUCUGUUGAUAUUCCCCUUGACAAGGCUGUUGUGAACAAAGAUGUUUUCAGAGACCCAGCUCUAAAACGUAAAGCCAGACGAGAGGCUAAAGUCAAAUUUGAGGAAAGGUUGGUAUUGUGAAUGUCUAGUACAUCUGAUUUAAAAUAAAAGCAUGACAUUUUUCAUGUGAAAACAUUUCCUUUUGCUAAAUAAAUGCAAAUUAUAAUUUAUUUUUUUUUAACACCAGAGCUCCUUAGUAGCCCCAUCAUCUGAACAUUCUUUAGUCUCUUGUCUCACCCCUUCCUUGCUAAAACUAGUCUAAACAAGGGAGUUUAUUCCAGUCAGUUCCUUCUCAGUAGUUGUGGCUUUUUUGUGUUUUAGUUUCUCAUUUAAUUGAUUGCUGUCAGUGUAAAUAUUUCUAAAAUUUGCCUCAAUUUUAUUAUUUGGGUAAGCAUUUCAAAUGAUUUAAUAAUUUGAAAAAGUAUACACAAAUAUGUAAAUAUCUUGUAAGAGUAACUUCAAGAGGCCUAAUGUGUGGGUUUUACUUUUUCUUUUCUAUUUUAUGUAUGUAAAUUUUGUUAAAUCAAUCCCAGAAAAUGAGAAUCUUUAUGGAAUACUCAUUUUGACUGUGUUGGCGUUGCACUGAAAUUCUACUUUGAAAAACUACUUUGUCUAUGUAUAUUUCUUCCUGGGUGGAGCUACAGAAUUAAUCCUGGAGGGUUUUGCGGGAUCCUCCACAAACCUCAAGGCUGUACUCUCGCGCAUGCACGAGAGUACAGCAGUGACAUUAGCUCCUGGUACUUAAGUGCAGACAGAGGAAGAUGGCAAUACCUGCAAGCAACAGGUUUAUGUAACAAAAUCAACUUUGCCAGCAAUGUUACUGUCUGGGAGGGGUUCUUUGUGAAUGAUGCUUCAACAUGGGCUUCUUUCCUAAUCUAGUGUUUCAUCAACCUUCUCUGUCUAGUAUGUAACAUUUUUUAUUUAAUUUUUCUUUACAGAUACAAGACCGGCAAAAACAAGUGGUUUUUCCAAAAGCUGCGGUUCUAAAUCUUUCAUUUUCAAUUGGUUGCAUCAUUAAAGUUUAUCAAUAAAAAAAAAAAACCACUUGUCGCUUUUUUUUUCUCUCCCCACAGGGCUCUUAAAGAAAUGUGAC